AUGGCACGGUCGAUGAGGCUGUUUCUCAUCCGGCAUGGAGAGACAGUCGAUAAUGUCGCCCAGCGCUAUGCCGGUGUCAGAGACUCGCCGCUCACCUGCCAUGGCUUCCAGCAAGCCACGCGUCUAGGUCAGCACUUCAGAGCGCUCGAGCUGUCGUUCACGCACAUCUUCUCGUCGAAUCUCCAGCGCACGGUGAAGACGGCUGGCCAGAUCCGCGAGGCCCAGAUGCUGCUCGCCGGUGACGAAGACCCCACGCGAAGGGUGCCUGAUGUUGUACAGCUACCCGUGAUCAUGGAGCGUGACUUUGGAUCCAUGGAAGGGAAGAAGCCGUACGAGCGGACACAAGAGUAUGUUGACUCGCCGGGAUUUGUAGCCAAGGAAUCGAAAGAGUCACUGGCGCGACGUGCCAAUGUCUUCCUCGAUGACCAUCUUCUUCCGUUGCUGGAAGAGUCGUCUGAGGCUGAUGAUCUGGUCGUCGCCAUCGUCUCCCACGGUAUCUUCCUGUCCUCGCUGUGGCGGUGUCUGCUUCUGCGCCUCCCCCACAAGAGCGUAACCUUCGCUUCUGGGCUCAUGCUGGGCCCACGUGUGUCACUCGAGCAAUUGGGAGGGUGGUCGAACACCGGCUUUUUAGAGUUGCUCAUGACCCAAGUCGCUUUAGAAGCUUCUCGACAUACUUCAGACACUCCCUCGCCGCAAGUACCGAAUCUUCCAUUGCCGACUGAUGCACUACCAGCAGACGCUGUGAUUGAUAAGGACGAAAUCGCGCAGCAACAACUUCCAGAACUGCCUUCCUUUCCUGUCCUCACAGCUCAGAAGUCCCCCACACGCAUCGCUCGCGGUUGUACGACUACGAUCUUGACGGUGAACGGCAAAGAUCAUCUCCAAAAUCUCAAGCGUGCAGGUGGAGGAUUUGGUACGUCUCGCCACGAUGCCUCGCAGAAAAGCAUCCAGACAUAUUUCAAAAGGCGUAAACUUGCAUGA